CGCGAUGCGGCGUUGGAGUCGUAGGUGCACAGCCUCCCAAACUUCAGGGCCAGAUCUCGCUGCAGGGCCCUGCACGCCGACGUCAUGACUUGGCGCUACCAAAGGAAGCCAACAUCGUCUCCAUAACUACGUCCAUGGACCCGGUAAUCAUGAUGUUAAGUUUCAAUUCGAAUCCGCAGUCAUGUCGAAUGAUAUUGCCGCAAACCGCUCGGGGCUCAAGGACUUUCUCGCAUCUAUAGCGACCAUCUCGGGAGAUCUUUCAAACAUUACUGCGCCGCCUUUUGUACUAGCUGAGAAUUCGACGGUUGAGAUACCACAGUACUGGGCGGACCAUCCGUAUCUCUGGGCAGCGCCGGCGUUGGAAGAAGAUCCCGAGAAGCGCGCGCUGCUUGUGCUGAAGAACUUCCUAUGCUCACUACGGGGGCAGCAAUAUGCGGGGCGAAAGGAGGAGGAUGGCGUCAAGAAGCCAUUGAACGCCUUUCUCGGCGAGCUGUUUCUCGGCAGCUGGAACACUGAGGAGCUGGGAGAGACGAGGUUGGUCUCUGAGCAGGUCGGCCAUCAUCCGCCAGUAACGGCGUGCUAUCUGUGGAACGACCAAGUCGGCAUCCGAGCUGAAGGGUUUACGGAACAGGAGAUCACCUUUUCAGGAAAUGUUAGCAUCAAGCAAAAGGGCUAUGCCAUUGUGCAUGUCGACAAGUACGACGAGGACUACCUCCUGCCCCUGCCGAAUAUCAAAGUAAAGGGUCUGUUGGGUGGGGUACCACAUCCGGAGUUGUACGGCGAGUAUUCUCUCAUAUCGUCCAACGGAUAUAUCUCGCACAUCAAAUUCGAAGGCAAGUCCUUCUUUGGCUCCGGGCAUAAGAACGGUUUCGAAGCGAGAUUCUUCCACGCAGAUAGGCCCGAUGAGACGAUCUACACAAUUGAAGGAGCUUGGAACAGCACGUUUACCAUCAAGGACGCGCGGAAUGACUCUGAGGUGGAGACGUUUGACGUUAGGACUAUCAAACACAAACCCAUGACUGUGCCCGACCUCUCAGAACAGGACCCGUGGGAGAGCAGGAAAGCAUGGAGCGACGUCAUAUCCUCCCUGCACAAGGGUGACAUGAAGGGCGCCACCACAGCGAAGAAUGCAGUCGAAAACGGCCAAAGACAGAUGCGAAAGGACGAAGAGGCAAAGGGCGAGGAAUUCAAACAUGUCUUCUUCAAUAAAGUACCUAACGACCCAAUCUUCGACAAACUAGUCAAGCAUGACCCUCAAGCUUACACCAUCGACCCCUCGGGCGGCAUAUGGAAAGUCGACAAGCAAGCCGCGGAGCAGCGACAGCGCCCGUUCCAUGGUGACCUGACACCGUCUAAUCAGAGAGUAGCGCACAAGCAGGGGCAGCCGCAAGAGGGUAGACGAUCAAUAAAUGGCCAGGACCAAGACAGCGGUGGGGCUGCUGGUGCGGUAGGCUCGGCGAAGUCUUCCAACGGCUAUGCACCGGAUGCGCCGGUUCAGAACGUAGCACCAAAACCAGUCGGCGACGCAACGCCCCGUGACGAAAAACGUCCAGAUUCGGCAGUGGGGAGUAAAGGGGAUUCCCGCCGUCAGUCGAGUAAUGCGAUAGAGGUUACUGAUGAGAUGGUGGAGAAUUUUUUGAGGGCCAAGACGAGUAACCUGCGAGUGUAAGUAUGAUUAGGGUGGAGAUUUCUUACUUACUGGUGUCACUUGGACCAUGCAGUUUUUCAGUACCCAAGCCGUUUAGUCCAGCGGUCAUACGCAGUGGACACCGCACUACUGUGGAACAGUUUCAACCUGCUGGAUGUUGAUACAUGUGGAUUCAAAGCGUCAAUGUUUUCAAAGCGAACAUAAACACAAGCUUAGUCGAAUAUCUCUUUUUUUUUGUUUUGUCUGGCUCGCGCCGACAUGAGAGUAAUAUCAUAGAAUCUAAAUUAACUUGUAACCCUUUCGUCUA